AAGCAGGGCCUGGUUGCUCAUCACUUGGAGUAGGUGCCUUUAACGAGGUUGGACCUUUUGGCGUCAAUCCUGAUGGCAAAACUCUUUAUGCUAGGAAAUUUGCUUGGAAUAGAGUUGCAAAUGUGUUAUUUCUGGAGUCCCCUGCAGGAGUUGGUUUCUCUUAUUCCAACACUUCGAGUGACUAUAAUACGUCAGGAGACAAGAGGACUGCUCAAGAUGCUUACAAGUUCAUCAUCAAUUGGUUGAGAAGAUACCCAAAUUACAAGAACCAUGAUUUUUAUAUUAUUGGAGAAAGCUAUGCAGGACACUACAUCCCACAACUUGCUGAUUUAAUUGUCACGAGAAAUAAGCUGCCCAGAACAACCAUAAAGAUCCAACUCAAGGGAAUCAUGAUAGGAAAUGGGAUACUAAAUGAUGACACCGACAUUAAAGGACUUUUUGACUACUUAUGGAGCCAUGCCCUAAUCUCAGAUGAAACUCAUCUAGGGCUGCAAAAGUACUGCCUUACAAACUCUAGCAGCAAAGAAUGUUCUGACUUCUCGAAUGCAAUGGAUACAGAGAUCGGAGAUAAUAUAGAUCCUUACAACAUCUAUGGCCCCUUGUGUUUGGAUUCUAAUAGUUCUUCAACUGAGAUAAAAAAUAAAAAGAUUUACGGAUACUAUCCUUGCGGAAGUCAUUAUGUGAGGAAAUACCUCAAUCUCCCAAAGGUGCAAGAAGCCUUGCAUGCCAACACCACCAAGCUUCCCUUCCCUUGGAGCACGUGCAGUCCUGUGAUUACGCAAUGGAUAGACAGCCCACCAUCAAUGAUCCCGAUAUAUAAGAGGUUAAUUGCAUCUCGUCUUCAAAUUCUCAUGUUUAG